GCCCAGUACUGCCACCAGUGUGUGACAGAGACGUGACCGAUCACCCGGGCGGCCAACGAGCUGAUCAGUGGUGAAGAGGAUAAAAGUAAAAAAAGUCAGUUGCUGCAGGAUCAUCAAGUGUUGAAUCUUCACACCUUUAAUCAUGGAUCUGGGUGAGGCUGACUUUGAAACUGACAUUAUUGAAUUAUUGAAGCGGGUGGCACAAGUGAGCCACCAGAAGGCAAUGACGGAUGAGGAACUAGUGAAGGUGAUGGCAGAGAGAGAUCAGUUCAAGCACAUGUGGAUGAAGAUUCAGCCAUUAAUCGAGGAUGUGACGAGGAAGCUGGGGGAGCUGGGUGCCAACUAUGCCUCUCUGGUGCCACUUAUAGAUCAAAAACACCGCUUGGAGGAGAUGGUGAAGCAGUUAAGUCAAGAAAACAUCAAUUUAAAGCAGGCCAGCAAGAGAGAGUUGGAGGAGAUGAAGGAGCAGGCUAAGACGGCAAAACUGGAGGCUGACUUGGGUUUCAUGAAGGCCCUCAACCACAACAAGGAAAAAGCCAAAGGGAGGGAAGAGAAGAUAUUGACUGACCUUGAGAGCAAGAAUAAGGAACUGGAAGCAGCAAAGGAACAAAUAGAUAAUCAACAACUGAGCUUUAGGACAAAGAUAGAAGAAUCAGAAAAGAAGCAUCAUCUCCAAAUGGAAAAGCUUCGAGGUUGCAUCACUCGUCAACAACAGCUUCUUGCCUCCCACUCCACCUCCAAUAUGGACCUGUUUGCUAAUAAGCUGCAGUCUGUGCGGGCAGAAUUUGAGGAGCAGGUGCAAGAACAAACCUCAAAAAUUGAUAACCUGGAGAAGGAGCUUCAGGAGACACGAGAAGCCCUCCAACACCAGAAGCAAUUAAUCAUGAUAAGAGCUGUGACCUCUAGCCCCACCUUAUCCCACAACCCAUCACUAAUCUCAUCACCUGGAUCUACUCGUCUUCCUGGAGAAUUGGAUGAGGCUGGGUCAACUGGGAGUGCCUGGAAAUUGAACCACCAAGCCCCUGAACAGGUGGCAAACGCUGUAUCCACUUGACUGCCGCACUCUGGAGCUGAUUCACUGUGAAAAGGAUGAGUUGAUGUGAAUGGUCGGAGGAAAACUUCAUUUACGAUGCCCAUGUAAGGUACUCUACCCAAAAUUUUUAUUGGAGUACAGUACAAUACAGUACUCAAAUAUAUUUACUUCUUUACUUUCAACUCUGUUUCAGCAUUAUGUAUACCUUCAUUGUUAAGGGCAAUGAUAGCCCCUCUCACUUUUUGUGAUAUCUUCCCAAUAAUUUCUUACUCCAUUUGAUGUAAGAUCCCAUUGAUGACUGGCAUGACAUUGGUAUCCAUUUACGACAUCCACUCCGAGUCUUGAAAUAUAUGAUCUGAAGCCUCGGAGGAUUCACAUCGUUUGCAAACGUAUCUACCCAUUCAUACUCAAAGGUCGCGAAUGUAAAACUACCAUCCGUUAAGAAACACAGUACUGUACAUCGAGUAACUUUUUUUGGAAAGCCUCAAAUCACAUUGACCCCAUGGCUAACGAUAGUUUUUUGGGGGGGACUGUCCAAAUAUAUUUGCAGCAUUCAUCUUUGUAAUAACAUACAUUAGUCUCCAUAAAGUUUGGAAUAAAAAUCA